AGGUCCCUUCGUCUUUCGUUUGCCACCAUCUCCAUUGUUGCGUUCCUUUCGUUUUAUCUCAAGCAGGGGAAGGCGAUCAUUGAGAAGUUGGAAUGGCUUCCGGAAUCCCAAAGGCUUGGGCGGUGGAGAGAUUUUCCCUUGAUGGAAAUCNAAUUAAUAGGGAUUUCCCUCGCAUGCUGCAUUGGUUCCGGUAUAAGGCACGGUCAUAUGAAAUUAUUGACGAUAUAUUUCGGACUGUUGAAUUUACGUCUGAGUGGUAUGUUGGGGAGCGUGUCCGUGACCUGCCCGAUAUCAAAGCUGCAUUUGAGUUGUUUGAUGGAGGGAUAGGUGUACCGCAGUUGCCAAAACGAUGUAGAGUUGAUGAAGCUGUAGAUGAUAGCUUCGAUGAUGGCACCUUUGAAGCAAACCUUGAGGAGACAUUGAAGAAGAAUAAUGAAGAAAUGAUGGCGUUGUCUUCAAGGCUAGUUUUUUUUGAAGAAUGA